AUGUUACCCCUCUACCGUGCGCAUGCUCAAACAUCACCAGUCCCCUUAGAUCUAGCAACGUGAGAGCUUAUAUAAAUUUUGGAUUUGGUGAUGAAAUGUACAAAGAGGAUAUACAGAAGAUAAUAGAAGAUCAAAUUCGAAGGAUAUAUGGCAUAGAUUAUGACGUACUGAUGAUCGACGAUUACGUCAUUGAUAUUGCAAGUCACAUGGUAGCCACUACGCUCAAACCAAUAACUCCUGACCCCGGUGUGCGGGCAAGUCUUACCAUCUGGGUAUACAACAUGACCUACACCAGUGAUCUUGCAGAUUCAAAUUCUGAUAAUUUCCAAAAUCUUGCAAAACCAUUUUGCAAUGACUUACGACGGAUAUUUUUACUGAGCUCUUUGCAGUCAAGAUAUUAUAGUUGUCAAGUCAAGGAGUUCAGAGAGGAUCCAGACAUUGUCAACACAGAUGUGUGGUUCACCGGUAGAGAUGUGUUUGGUUUACAGACGUCAGUUAAAAAGAUUAUUCUUGACAAUGCCCGUGUUGUGAACGUGUCGAACACGAGUCGUAAAAUAAUUGGAACGCUUCUGAUUACACCAAAAUCUGGAAAUGAUUCUAACGUGACAAUUACUAUCCCAGUAAACCCGGAGACCACCAUAUCACCAACUCCAUCAACCCGACCUCCUAAAUGGAAAGAUGGAAUGCCAUAUGUAGAAACAGUACUGAACUUCACUGGCGUUGAUUAUAAUGCAUCACUUUGGGACACAAGCAGUUAUUUCUUCAAAACACACGCCAACAAGUUUUGCAAAGACUUGGAGAGAAUGAUAUUGCAGAGCAGCUGGAAGAGAGAUUUCUACGAUUGCAGUCUUGUGAAUAUAUACCCUCCAGCGGUUGGUCAGUUACAUCCAACUUUGAGGACAGUUAUCCACAUCAACUCCAAUGUUCGAACCCCUGACGAUCUGAUUGACAUAAUAAAGACAUAUGGCGACAAGUACAUCUUUCCCGGUAACCUUGAAACUUACAGAGUAGGGGAUCUUUACAUCAUUCUUAAAGACGGCCGAUUUGAUAUUUACUCAUCUAGUUACGGAACACACACAACGAUUGAAUAUCCGAAGACAACGGCGACACUGAUGCCGAGUAUAUUUACAACAUUUAGUUACAGUUCACCUACAAUGACGUCAGGGGAUACGACAAAGCCACCCGUUUCCACCAUUGUUAUUGUAUACAAUGCCACUGCAGCUUUUAUUGAGAGCCAGCUGAUUGACUUUACAUACACGACUGAUUUACAAGACACAACAUCUAACAGAUUUAUGUCGCUGGAAAAAGCAUUCUGUGAAGAUAUUGAUAGAUUUUUCAAAUCUAGUACCCUUCAUAUGUACUAUAGGAAUUGUAAAAUAACUGGAUUUACAUCGGAUCCCAAACUAUCAUUCGUACUUCAAUUCACAUCUCCAUCAGGGAACCACCUACAGACUACCGUUCCUUCAGUGCUAAUUCAGAAAGCCCCAAAGGCUGAGAUCAGGCAGAUGACGGUUCUAAAGAUAGGUGGCCUCAACUUGUUAUACCAGCAGAUUGGAUUUACAGUUUCUGUCACCAAUUUUACGUUUGACAGCACUCCAACUAUAUCUCCUACCGGCACCAUUGUUGUUCCAUCCACUAGAAUUCCAAUUAUAUACACUGCGGUCCUUCUGAAUGUGUUUUGUGAUGUCGCCAUGGAUGUCAGCGGUGGUCUUCAAAACAAAAAUUCUCAAGUUUUUCUUCGUCUGCAAAGAAAUUUCUGUCAAGAAAUAGACAGGUUGUUUGCAUUAGAAUCUACGACAGCUGAUUCUUAUCUGGACUGCUAUAUUACAGAGUUUAGUUCUGAUGCAUCAACGAUUAACUUCCACACAAUAUUUGGUAUAAAACCUACAGACUCAUUUGGCCAGGCUGCAGUUAAUUUGAUCCACCGACUAGCAAACAAGGUUAUGUUUCAGCAGAUAGAGCGUUUAGAUAUUGGCGGUGUCGUCGUAGAAAAAGAUAGCUGCAGCGCGAACAUUUACCCCGUGAAUUACACACAUCCGCAGACGACACUAUUUCCAACGUUAACCCCAACAUCUCAGGUCAUCCUUCCAACAAUAGGUCCAGAUCAUUGUUUACGAAACCCAUGUGCAAACGGAGGGACUUGUGUUGAUGAACCUUCGUCUUACUCUUGCUUGUGCGUAUUAGGUUUUAGUGGUCGUGAUUGUGAAACAGUUGUACCUGUUGACGGUGGUUGGUCGCAGUGGUCAACUUGGACAACCUGUACUGCGACAUGUGGUGGAGGCCAACAAGAUAGAUUAAGAUUCUGUUCAAACCCUGCACCUAAACAUGAUGGUAAAUUGUGCUUGGGCAAUCCAAUAGAAGCUCGUGAUUGCAACACUCAAUUAUGUCCAGAUAUUGAUGAAUGUCAAAUAAUGCCUGAUGCAUGUGAAAAUGGUGGCACGUGUCGAAACACACUUGUUGGUUAUGACUGCGACUGUUACCCUGGAUACAUCGGAGAUAGAUGUGAAACAGUUGUGGAUCGUUGUGCUUCAAAUCCAUGUAAGAAUGGUGCUUCUUGUACCGGAAGUCAAACUAAACUUUGCGUCUGCACUUCCGGUUGGAGUGGAGAUACUUGCGAAGAUGAUGAGGAUGAAUGUGGACGUGUUCCUAACAUCUGCAAGUUUAACGGAACGUGUAUCAACGAGUUUGGAUCAUUUAAAUGUGAUUGCGUACCAGGGCGAAAAGGGACAACGUGCAACGAAGGUAUAGAUGAAUGCAUAACAAUAAGCCCAUGUCAAAAUAAUGCCCGCUGUCUGGACACAGAUUAUUCAUACACUUGCGUAUGUAAGAACGGCUGGAUUGGCAAAAAUUGCACAGAAGAUGAUGAUGAAUGUAGUCGAGACAUAUGUGAGAAUGGUGGGACCUGUAGAAACACGGUCGGAAGCUUUGAAUGUACUUGUCCGUCUGGAUGGACUGGGCCAACAUGCGAUCUCAGAUACAAUGAAUGCAAAGGAGUUAACCCAUGUUUAAAUGAUGGCCUUUGUGUUGAUACAACCACAGAUUUUCAGUGUCUUUGUAAACCGGAAUAUACUGGCAAAUUUUGUGAAACUGAUGUCGACGAGUGUGAAAAAGAUUCAACCAUAUGUAAUGGUCACGGGUUAUGUGAGAACCUAGUGGGGGGAUUCGAAUGUAUCUGUGAAUUAGAAUGGGAAGGAGAGAGAUGUGAUAUUGAUCACAACGAAUGCUCAGAUGUUGAUCUUGGCCAACUUUGCUUUAACAACGGCGAAUGUAUCAACCAGUGGGGAUCUUAUAAAUGUAAUUGUGCAAAAGGCUGGACUGGAGUGGACUGCAUGACAGAUAUAAACGAAUGUGCAGAUACUCCGUCUAUUUGUUUACAUAAUGGAACAUGUACAGACACAGAUGGUGGAUAUACAUGCAAAUGUUCUUCUGGGUGGACAGGGGAUCGCUGCCAAAUAGACGUAGAUGAAUGCAACACUACAUUUCCAUGUCAAAACAAUGCUACCUGCACGAACAAAGUGGGCUCGUUCCUUUGCAUGUGUACCUCCGGGUGGAAAGGAUUGCUGUGCACCAUAGACAGGAACGAGUGUGUAGAAACUCCGGGUAUAUGCAGGAAUGGAGGCACGUGCUAUGAUGAAGAGGGUGAUUACAGAUGCGUGUGUCCAGCUGGGCGGGGAGGCAAGAACUGUGACUAUAGCACGGAUCCAUGCAAUGACAUCGUGUGUGCUCACGGAGGAACCUGUUACAUAGAUUCAAACGGGGAUGCUAAGUGUGAUUGCACGGCGCUUUUUCAAGGAGAUCGUUGCGAAGAAGAUUUUGACGAAUGCACUUUGAACCCUUGCUCUGAAAAUGGUACAUGUCAAAAUCUACCAGGAACUUUCUACUGUGAUUGUGACGUUGGAUAUAUUGGUGACUAUUGUGAUAUAGAUGAAGAUGAAUGCAAGUAUUACCCGUGUGUGAACGGUGUUUGUGUUAAUACACCAGGGUCAUACCACUGCGAUUGUCCUGGAUGGACCGGACCUUCUUGCAAUAUUGAUAUAUCAGAGUGUUCAUUGUUGAAAAAUCCAUGCAAUGGUAACGGCAGGUGUCAGGAGACUCCUGGGUCUUACAGAUGUUUUUGUUUCUUUGGUUACGAGGGACAAUUCUGUCAGAAUGACGUCAAUGAAUGUAAAGAAGAAGAUCAUUGUAAGAAUGGCGGAGUCUGCUGGAAUUUACCCGGAGGAUACAUGUGCAACUGUACCCAGUACUGGACCGGUCCAUAUUGUGAUAUUGAUUUAAAUGAAUGUACAACAUUAUCGGCACCAUGUCUUAACGGCGGAACUUGCAAGAAUAGAGAUCUCGGAUAUGAUUGUACAUGUCCGUCACAAUGGAGGGGCCUCACCUGUAAUGAAGAUGUCGACGAAUGCAAAGAGUCGCCUGGGCUGUGUCAGAACGGCGCCAAGUGUAUGAACGUACCCGGCUACUUCCGGUGUAAUUGUACUGACGGCUAUAUGGGAGAAUAUUGUGAAAUUGACAAGGAUGAAUGUUCCACGACAAAGCCAUGCAUGAACGGAGCGACGUGUACAAAUUUUCGAGGAGGCUACGAAUGCAAAUGCGCGAUGGGUUUCCAGGGAAAGAACUGUGACAAAGAUAUUGACGAAUGUAAUGCGACAACUGCACUGUGCAAGAAUGGUGGCACGUGUGUCAACGGACCAGGCUCUUUCCGGUGUGAUUGCAUUAACGGUUACAUGGGAGAAUAUUGUGAAAUAGAUAAAAACGAAUGUAUAACCACAAAACCGUGCAUGAACGGUGCUACAUGUAAGAACAUUCCUGGAAGUUAUGAAUGCAUCUGUGCUAUGGGAUUUGAAGGACUGAAUUGCGAGAAAGAUAUCAAUGAAUGUCUUGAUGACCCCUGUAAGAAUGGUGCAACAUGUUUGAAUUCUCCACCUGGUGAUUACAGAUGCGACUGCGUUGAUGGAUGGACGGGCAAAAAUUGCGAUAUUGAGGUUGAAAGGUGUCCAGAUUGUGUGAAUGGUGGAACAUGUGUAGAAGAAAAUGGUGACUUCAGAUGCAUGUGUCCGUCUGGAUGGAAAGGCGACGUUUGUGAGGAAGAUAUCAAUGAAUGCGCUCCCAAACCAGGCCGGUGUAUGAACGGUGCUACAUGUAGUAAUGAACAAGGGGACUACAAGUGCGAUUGUGUGCUGGGCUAUGGAGGGAAAAACUGCGAAACUGACUUGGACGAUUGUAUGCCAAAUCCCUGCUUGUUCGACGGGACAUGUAUUGAUGGAAUAAAUUCUUUCACUUGUCAGUGUCCACCCGGGAGAAUUGGUGACACCUGCGAGGGAGAUAAAGACGAAUGUAAGAUAGUGCCAUCACUUUGCCAAAAUGGAGCAACAUGUUCUAAUACCAUCGGAUCUUUUGACUGCGAAUGUCCUGAUAACUGGCAAGGAAACUUGUGUGACACUGAUAGAAACGAGUGUUCGACUGUGACAUGUAUGCACGGAGGAAUAUGUAAUAAUACGAUUGGUUCUUUCAAUUGUGAGAACUGUGAUCAGGGAUGGGAAGGUCAACUUUGUGACAAGGAUAAGAAUGAGUGUCCUACCGUUCAGUGUAUGAAUGGUGGUACAUGUGUCAACACCGAAGGUUCAUAUUUUUGUGACGGCUGUGACAGCGGCUGGGAAGGACAACUUUGUGAGAAAGAUAUUAACGAAUGUCCUACCGUUAAAUGUAUGCACGGAGGAACAUGUGUCAACACUAUGGGUUCCUAUUACUGUGGGGACUGUGAUGACGGAUGGGAGGGACAACUUUGCGACAAAGAUAAAAAUGAAUGUCCAACAAUACAAUGUUUGCAUGGCGGAACAUGUGUCAACACUGACGGUUCAUUUUACUGUGCUAAUUGUGAUGAGGGAUGGCAAGGAAAACUUUGUGACACAGAUAAGAAUGAGUGUCAAAAUGUAACGUGUGUGCAUGGUGGAACAUGUGUUAACACUGAUGGUUCCUUCAGUUGUGAAAAUUGUGACGCUGGUUGGACCGGACAAUUCUGUGAAGAAGAUAUUGACGAAUGUAACAUCUCCAUGGGAUCUGAUAUGCCAUGUAAGAAUGGAGCCUCCUGCCUCAACCUUGAAGGUUCAUUUGAAUGUAUAUGUAAAACUGGAUAUCAGGGUACAGAUUGCUCUAAAGACAAAGACGAGUGCUCCUUAUCACCACCAGUUUGUGAGAACGGAGCAACGUGUAUCAACACCAUUGGCCUUUACACCUGUGAAUGUACGGAUUUCUGGAGAGGGAUCCGAUGUAAUAUAGAUGUAAAUGAAUGUGUUGAAUUUGGUUCGCUAGCCUGCUAUGACAACGGUGUAUGUACCAACACAAUCGGCGGUUACGUGUGUAAUUGUAGCGCUGAAUAUACCGGGAAAAGAUGCGAUGAAGAUAAAAAUGAAUGUGGGAUUACUCCACCAAUUUGUUUGAAUGGAGCAACAUGUAACAAUUAUUUUGGAUCGUACGAUUGUGAUUGUGAUACUGGUUUCGAAGGACUUAACUGUGGCACAAACAUAGAUGAAUGCAGCCUUGGUGUUUGUCUAAAUGCGGUUUCGUGUGAAGACACAAUUGGGUCCUAUACGUGUACAUGUAUUCCUGGGUGGACAGGUCCAAAUUGUGAUACCGAUAUUAAUGAAUGUAAUGACAACUUGUGUAUGAAUGGUGCAACAUGCUCUAAUAAUGAAGGGUCUGUAGAAUGUAUUUGCGCGGCAGGAUGGGAAGGAAUUGUCUGUGACAAAGAUAUCAACGAGUGCCUUGUGACAGGUAUCUGCAAGAAUGGAGCAACAUGUAAUAACAAAGAUGGGGGUUAUUCAUGUAUAUGUGCAUCUGGUUGGCAAGGAUUGAAUUGUACCGUUGAUAUAAACGAAUGCGUGGCAGUGGAUAUUUGUAAGAACGGAGCAACAUGUAAUAACAUUGAUGGAAGUUACGACUGCAUAUGCUCACCAGGAUGGGAAGGUCAAAACUGCGAGAAAGACAAAGAUGAGUGUGUGACAGUUGAUAUCUGUGAAAAUGGUGCAACAUGUGCAAAUAAUGAUGGAAGUUAUACUUGCACGUGUGCUACAGGAUGGGAGGGGAAAAACUGCGGCAUUGAUAUAAAUGAAUGUCCAGAUGUGUGUGAAAAUGGCGGGCUAUGUAGAAACACCCCUGGUUCUUUCAACUGUACAUGUAUUGGUGAUUGGACUGGACCCACUUGCGCACUAGUCGGAGGUAAAACAUUUGAACUGGAUUUCGAAACAGUUGGAUUGACAAUAACACCGGAGUUACUGAAUAGACAGUCAGAUCAGUUCAUCAGAAAACAGACUUUACUUUGUGACGACAUCGGAUUUUUUGUAGUUACAAAUUAUAACGAGGUAUACGAAAGUUGUAGAAUCAAAAGCUUUGUUGAUAAUCCAGCAGGUUUUACUCUUCAACUGACUUUUGAUGUUGAUCAAUCUGACGAUCUGGGUUCUAACAUAUAUGAUUUGCUGUUUGAGCGUAGAAAAAAAGAGAGAUAUGGGGAUGUUUAUGGCAUUCCAGUUGGAGAUAUGAUCUUGAAGCACUCUGACUUUAUUUCCACAAUGGUGACAAUGACGAAAAGGCUGGUUAAUUUCACAUUCACAGAUGCUUUGAAUAACGAAAACUCACUUUCUUUUCAACGAUAUGAAAAUGCUUUUUGCACUCAGGUAAAUCAGCUGAUGACGUUAAGCGCAAGCGCAAAUUUGUUCCCCGACUUCAUUGAGUGUGAUGUACUAGGUUUCAGUUAUGAUCCCAGUAGUGACGAAACUAGUGUCGACUUUGAGUUUGAGUUUGAGGGAACCAAAGAUGUUGCUAGAAUUACGACAAAUUUUGACGAAUAUUUUGAACAGGUUCGGUUACGAAUUUAA